CUUGUGAUAAAAAAACAACUUCCGGGUCAAACGUGCAGUACACGUUACAGGUGUUUUGUAUACUUACCGGUUCCUCUAAUUUAAAUACCUUGGUUUUUCAAUGGGGAAACAAGGGCAUUUCUACGGCAAAAAGCGAAAGAAAGAAAAUGAAACCAAUCAAGAUUCCAAGAAUUCCAAACAAACACCACAAGCACGUACUAAGAGAGGUGGAUGUUGUGGAGGGGGAUGUGUGUGCUUUGUUUUCCUUCUGGCUGCUGUCAUUGGAGGAGCAGCAGUUCUGUAUGCUAAUGAAGAAUACCGAAAUAAUCUUGAUGUAGUAUUUAGACAAUACACAGAGAAGACAGAUGCAGUAUUGAGACAAUAUGCUGGGAAUGAAGUGAUGGAUGAUGUAUACUUAAAAGCCAGGGACAGUUGGGAGUUUGUAAAACCCUAUGCAAUAUUAGCUCAAGAGAAAGGGACAGAACUCUUCAACAAAGCAAAAGAAGGUAUAGAAACAUUAAUCAAAGACCAAAAAUCAGGAGAGAAAAAGGCAGCACAAGAACAAACAUUAUCUGAGGGAAAGAGGAAAGCUGAAGAGGAGAAAUUGGCCAAGGAAAAGAGGGAAGAGGAAAAGAAAAAAGCUGAGGAAAAGAAAGAGGAAGAGAGGAAAAAUGCAGAAGAAAAAAGAUUAGCAGAGGAGAAGAGGAAAGCAGAAGAGAAAAAAUUGGCUGAAGAAAGAAAGAAAGCAGAGGAAACAAAGAAGGCAGAAGAAAGGAGGUUAGCAGAGGAAAAGAAAAAGGAAGAGGAAAGAAAAGCUGAAGAGAAGAGGAAAGCUGAGGAGAAAAGACUGGCAGAGGAAAAGAAAAAGGAAGAGGAAAAAAGAGCUGAAGAGAAGAGGAAAGCUGAGGAAAAAAGGCUGGCAGAGGAAAAGAAGAAAGCAGAAGAGAAAAGACUAGCUGAAGAAAAGAAGAAAGCUGAGGAGAAAAGACUAGCAGAGGAAAAGAAAAAGGAAGAGGAAAGAAAAGCUGAAGAGAAGAGGAAAGCUGAGGAGAAAAGACUGGCAGAGGAAAAGAAAAAGGAAGAGGAAAGAAAAGCUGAAGAGAAGAGGAAAGCUGAGGAAAAAAGGCUGGCAGAGGAAAAGAAGAAAGCAGAAGAGAAAAGACUAGCUGAAGAAAAGAAGAAAGCUGAGGAGAAAAGACUGGAAGAGGAAAGAAAAGCUGAAGAGAAGAGGAAAGCUGAGGAGAAAAGACUGGCAGAGGAAAAGAAAAAGGAAGGGGAAAGUAAAGCUGAAGAGAAGAGGAAAGCUGAGGAGAAAAAAUUGGUAGAGGAAAAGAAGAAAGCAGAAGAGAAAAGACUAGCUGAAGAAAAGAAGAAAGUAGAGGAAAGAAAGAGGGAAGAAGAAAAAAGAUUGGCAGAGGAGAAAAGAAAAGAGGAUAAAAUAGCUGAAGAAAAAAGAAAAGCUGAGGAGAAAAGAUUGGCAGAGGAAAAGAGAAUUGCAGAAGAGAAGAAAAAGACAGAAGAGAAAAGACUAGCUGAAGAAAAAAAGAAGAAAACGAAAGAAGAGGAGCAAAAGGUAGAAGAUCAGAAAAAAAUUGAAGAAAAUGGAUUAGAGGACAAAGAUAAGAAAACUAAUGAGAAAAAUGUAGAUGAUAAAAGAGCAUCGGCAGAUAUGAAAAAGCUGGAAGAAGAAUUCAAGAAAUUUGAGGAGGAGAAGAAAACUGAGGAGAAAAGAUUGGCAGAAGAGAGGAAAAGGGAGGAGAUGAAGUUGGCAGAGCAAAAGAAAAAAGAGGAAGAAAAGAAGUUAGAGGAAAAAAAUAGAAUGGAAGAAAAGAAGCGAAGAGAAAUAGAGAAAGAGGAGGAGGAGGAAGAUGUUAACUUUGAAAAGGCUUCUUAUCCCAAGAAAGAUAUAACCAAUGAUGAUGAUUACAUGAUUAGCGAUUUGCUAGACAUUGGGGAUGACUAUUUAAAGGAGAAUAAGUUGAAUGAAGCAAAAAACCAUUUUGAUGAUCUUUUAAAUGAGUACCCAAACAGUCCAAGAGCCAUGUAUAGCAAAGCCUCCACACUUGAGAAAUUAGCAGAAAAGCAGAAGAGCAACAAGUUGUUAGAGGAGGCUAUAGCAAUGUUGCAGAAAGUGAUGGAUGCUAAAGAUGCCCCUGAUGGCCUUGUGAAACAAGCAGGCUUAAUGCUUGGAGAAAAAUUAGAUUUCAGAGGAUGGGUGUCUAAAGCAGCAGCUACAUAUCAGACCUUAGUACACAAAUUUCCCUCGGAUCUUAUCAUUAGGAAUAAGCUUGGUGUGUGCUACCUCAUAUCCGGACAGAAUGAAAAAGCUAGGAAAGUGUUCUCUGAUAUUCUUCAAUUGGAUAAAGACAAUUCUUUUGCAAGAGUCCAUCUCGGAUUUAUUGUGAAGGUCACUGACAACAAUCCUACGGAGGGUAUUCCCCUUCUGAGGGCCAUCAUGGAGAGCAAUAACAAAGAUAUUCAGGAAGGAAAAUUCUACUUUCACUUAGGAGAUGCAUAUCAAAGGCUGAACCAAUCAAACAAGGCGUAUGAAGUGUAUGAAAGAGGCGUGAAGAAAGGUCUGUUUCUGUCAAAGUAUCAGCGAUCUCUGUAUAACUGUGAUGGCAUUAAGGGUCAACCUUGGUGGACACCAGAAGAAACAGGGUAUCAACAGUAUAUGAAGAUUUUGUCUGAUAAUUGGCAACUGAUAAGAGACGAGGGACUGAAACAGAUAGAUUCCAAAACAGGCAGCUUCAUUCCAGAGGAGGAGAAUCUUCUGGAAAAGGGCCAGUGGAUGCAGUUUACACUGUAUGCAAGAGGUAAAAAGGAUGAAAAGAACUGUGCCCGAGUACCCAAGGUCUGUGAACUUCUCGAUCGCAUUCCACCAGCAAAGUCCUGUGUCAGAGGCCAGAUCAAAUACUCUCUAAUGAAGCCAGGAGUUCACGUGUGGCCCCAUUGUGGACCGACCAACUGCAGAAUAAGAGCCCAUUUAGGUUUGGUCAUUCCAGAUGGUCCUAAAAUCCGAGUGGCUGAAGACACCAGAACCUGGAAGGAGGGUCAGUUUAUCAUUAUCGACGACUCCUUUGAACACGAAGUUUGGCAUGCAGGGACCAAGGAUCGUCUCAUUUUGAUUGUUGAUUUCUGGCAUCCCGAUAUUGACGAGAAAACAAGGAGAACAUUGGCUCCUAUAUGAGUAAGAGAAAGUGCCGAUAGUUCAUUGUUAUGAUUAUUUUGUCUUCCAUCUGAAUGAAAGCUGUUAGUGAGAUUAGUGUAAUAUGGUGACGGUAAUUGUAUUUGAAAGGAUUGUGGCGGAUGUUUGUGUGUGUGUAUGCAAUUAUACGCAAAUUAUUUAAUGUAUGUUUGCUGAUGAAGGGCAUGAAAUUAGAAAUAUGAUUUGUAUGCUUGUAAGAAGACUGUUAAAGAAGUGUUACUGAAAUUUUAGUUCUAUGUAAUGAGGUUUAGAAACAUGUACUCAGAAAAGAAAUAAAAAAAUACGGAAUCAUAUCAGAGACCGCGAGUUUCUAGAAAUGUACCUACUGAUUAUAUCAGAGACAAGGAGUUUCUAGAAAUGUACCUUUUCCUUCUUAUUUAUAGAGCAAUUAUGUGUAAUGUUGAUGAUCAUGUACAUGUAAAUGGAUUUUUGCAGAUGAGUUUGAGUCACAGAAAAGUGAUAGAAUAUAAACAAACAAUAUUGAGAUAGUUAAACUUAUUCACCAAAAUGCAAGAGUGAUAGAAUAAAUUUAUCAAGGGAAAUAAUCCAAUUUAUCACAUUUAUACAAAAUACUAUGCAAUGUACAUAAGAAAUCUACACAACUAUAAAAUAUAUGUAUUUUAGACAUUGAUCCCAUUAUUUUGUUGUACCUAUAUCACAUAUGUUAACUUUGUUACUGACAAAAUAUUUUAAGACAUGAAUGUCUGCUGUUUGAUUCAUCAAUGAAUUGUUUUUAUUAAGCUACAGAAGUUUUGUUAUUGUCAAACAUGAGAUAAAUGUCUGUUUCACUGCAACAAAAUCCCUAUCCCUCAAUCCACAGUUACAUAAUAUAGUGACCAUUUUUGACUUGUUAGUUUCUGUUUAGAACAUUACCCAUGAAAUUAAUCAUCUAAUUUUGGCAACGUUUAACAUACGAGUCGAAAAGCCUCGGCUAAAUUCUCUGUUGUGGAAUUUUCAGUUCAUGCGAACUUCGUAUAAGAAAUUCUUCAUUUUAUAUUAUCAAAAAUUCAUAUUACAUCAAUGAUAUAUUUUCUGAUAAAACUUUUUUUUUUAAUGAAAAUUGAAAAUAUUUUAAAAAUAUGAUAAAAUGGCACCUCAUUGUACAUCUGAAGGUAGAUCUGCCGUCUCAUAAUAUGGAGUUUGUUUUAAAAAUCCAUGAACAAUCAAAUCUCCUUGUUUUUCAAGCUCCGACUUCAAUUUCACUGUAAUUAAAUGUGUACCAUAACAUUUUAGUAUGGGACAACAUAAAACUCUGCUGGAUGUAGGACUGUACUAGCCCCACCACAGAUUGUCUUGCCAAAUGAAGCUGGUUAAGUGAUAAAACAGGGGCGGAUAAAACUUGCCCCAUUCAGGGGAGGGGGAGGCUCCCACUAAUAUUUUCCAAAAAAAGCAAAUCUUGUUAGCUUUGGUAAUUCAAACUUUAUAGAAAACGAUUGCUGAAGAUUUGUUAUGAAUGACAGUAUUCAAAAUUGUGAUAUUACUCCUUCUACAAUGUAUAUGGUAUCCCACCAGACCACUCGAUUAAGAUGAUUAAUCUGAUAGAAUUUUCACCUGUGAUGUGCUGCUCUCAAAUGCAAGACCACAGGACACAAACAAAUUUUGUAUGUAUCCAGCCAAAAAUAUAAAACAGUAGCUUGUCGUGAAUGCGUUACGAAUGCGUACAGCUGUAGAUGUAAAUAUCUAUAAUAUUACACUGAAUUCUUCUUGCUCAAUGUUAUUUUUAAGAAAUAAAUUUCAUUUUUAAAAAUACACGAGGGUGUGAAUAGCAACGCUUUAUGCCGCGGCGUAUUUCAUGAAGCGCGUUAGCGAUGCUUUAAAAGUCUGCCGAUGUGAAGUACACAGCAAUGCUUUAUGUCGCGGCGUAUUUCAUGAAUCGCAUUAGCAAUGCUUUAAAAGUCUGCCGACGUGAAGUGAACAGCAACGCUUUAUGCCGCGGCGUAUUUCAUGAAGCGCGUUAGCGAUGCUUUAAAAGUCUGCCGACGUGAAGUGUUGCUGUUCAUACUCUCAGGUAUUUUCAAAAAUAAAAUUUAUUUUUUAGCAUUUGUAUUUUACUAUAAUUUCUGUGGGAAUAUUUCCAGCUGUUAAAAUAGUCGUGCUAUAUUUAUUAAGAUUCAUACACAUAUUAUUUACAUUCAUGAGGAAAUACCUUAUCAUUUCAAUUGGUAAAAAUAUUGAAAAUGUAAAUAUUAUAUAAUGAACGCACUAUGAACCACCAAAAACUAGUAUUGAAUAGAUGAAUCAUAGGUUUGUUAAUUGAAUAAGAAUUCAUCUGUGGUAUUAGAAUAAUUAGAAAUUGUUGCAGGAUAUCAAUUAUGAAUGGUAGAAGUACAAAAUAACAUGUUUUUUAAAAUUUUCAUACAAAACAUGAUUUAGAAUUGGUUAAACAUUUGUAGUUAUAGUGAGUUAUUAUUGUUUAUGAUGAAUGUUAUCUGUUAAACAAAUUAUUGUUAUGAUCUAGUCAGUAUUCUGAUUUUUAGAAGUACCUAUGAUCACAUGCGUAAUCGGAUCUGACAGUCAUUAAGGUGGAAGAGAAUGACAAGUUUUUACCAGUGAUUUUUUUUUUAAAUUUAUGCUUUGGAUAAAAAGGUAAAAAUAACUGAAUAUGUCGAAAUAGUGUGUAAAUGAAAUGAUGCAUUCCCAUUUGCACAGCAUUGAAUAAGCAAACCUUUCAUAUCAUGUAAAUAUGUACAUGUACUUUUAUAUCUUAAAUCUUGUUUUCUCUUCAUCGGGAAUUUUCCGUCUUUUUUUUUUUUCAUUAUUGGAAUUUUCAUUUUGUAAAUUUUUCAGUGUUUGACUGUGCCAUGAAUUUAAAGAACAAAACAUUCCAGACAUGCAUGUAAAAGUGCUAUGCUUAGAACAUUUACAGUGCAACAUAUGACUAUAGCAAUAAUAUUUUACCCAUUGUUUAUUUUAUAUGAUGUUUAUUUGCAUCCUUGUCAAUAUCUCUUGCUCUUCUUUGCAUUGACAACAUUUCCAUUUAUUUUUAUCUUUCCAUCCUCUUUGAGAUCAGUAUGAACUCUCAACUUGAUGAAAGUUAUUUUGUAAAUUGUUACAAACUUCUUAUCACUUGAUAUUUGAUUUUCAUGAAGCUUCAUAGAAAUAGAAAGACCUGUUUAUAUGGUAUGAAAGAUUUCAUAUAAAAAUAGUUCACAUGGAAAUACAUACAUGGGUUUUUUCUCUCUAUUUAUUUGAAUUGUGAUUGCUUUUAUAGCUGUUCAUUUACAUUUGUUAGUGAUUUUCUUUUUUAGCUUCUGUCAGAUAGUUACAGAAUCAUUACACUAUGUUGAACAUGUACAUCUAAGCUUAAUGUGAUUGGUAGACCAUGGCUAAAAGGUUGUUCAUACUGAAUGAAAAUGGGUUGUAUGUUUCAAAAAAAUAUUUACAAUUGAAGUAUCAACAGUUAUCCAAAGAUGUGUCCAUUGGCUGUCAUCUUGCAGGGAAUUUGUCCAUGUUAGUCUUUGUAGGUUUUUGGUCUCUGUUUUGGGUACUUUGCUUUUUUCUUUGAACAGCUUUCAAUUUUUUUAUUGCCCUGAAAUGGGUAUGAAAUGAAUUUAGUCAAAAGCUUCAAAUUUACUUGACAAUCCCAGCAGAAAGUUUAGCUAUUUCAUAGUGUAAAGGAAAACAAAAGUUGGAUUGCUGCCAAGGGACAUAACAAUGGUAAACUGAUAAUAAGACUAUAUUAAUUUAAGCGUGGCGUUAACCUGUGACAUGGACAUACAGAUGAUACUUAUAUCUGUCUCAAAGAUAAAAGGUGACACUUUCAUUUUAUUGUUUUCUACUUCAGUUUGUGUCUAAUCAUGUAUUUCUUUUUAUCUCUAGGAAUCAUCAAAUUAAAUAUGGAAAGCUUUAAUUUGCUUGAAUAAUGAUUUUGGUGAUUUUUUUUGUACAUGUGCUUUCUAGGUAUUUGAAGGAGGUUUUUGUUUUAUUGAUUCACAUCAGAUGUUUGUAUUUCACAUCCAGUAACAGCAAUAAAUCUAUAUUCAAAACA